GCUGCGGGCGGGCAGCACCGGCCCCGCCAGCGCCCGGGGCAGCAGGUGCUAAUGCCCCAUGUGGCCGGCGGCAAGGGCGGUAAAGCCUCCGCGGGCGACAGCUUGUUCGCCUUCAGCUGUGGUGGCCGCGGGCUCCGCUUGAGGCACCCGGGGUGGGUCCCCGCUGCGGCCCGGCGCUCCACGCCCCCGCGGCAGGAACUACAUCUCCCAGCGGGCUGCGGCAGGAGGGCCUGGCCGGAGGGCCCGGCCGGUACGCCCGGCCGGUACCGUGCCCCGCUCCGGGCGGACCGGUGUGCGGCCCCGGCAGCGAGCGCGGCGAGGUGUGCGCGGUCCCGGCUCCGGCCGCGUCAGGCAUUAUGCUGCUUGAAGUAUUCCUGGUUCUGGGGACAGUCAUCAUCUACUUGUUAUUCACUAAGAAGAAAGAAGAGACAUUACCGUUCAAGGAAGGAUGGUGGGGCAAGGGACAAAAGCCUGACACUGAAGAAGAUACAACUAUUAGGCCGUUUAAGGUGGAAACUACAGAAGAAGAGCUGAGUGACUUAUUUAGGAGACUUGACCAGGCUCGAUUCACUGAGCCACUGGAGAACAGUUGCUUCCAUUAUGGGACUAACUCAGUGUAUCUCAGGAAGGUUGUCUCUUACUGGAAAAACCAGUUCAAUUGGAAGAAACAAGUUGAAGUCCUCAACAAGUACCCACAAUUCAAAACUAAGAUUCAAGGCAUUGAUAUCCAUUUUGUUCACAUAAAGCCUCCUCGUUUGCCUGAAGGCCAGUCUGCAAAGCCAUUAUUAAUGGUUCAUGGUUGGCCUGGCUCAUUUUACGAGUUUUACAAAAUUAUCCCUCUCCUGACGGAUCCUGCAAGCCAUGGCCUCAGUGAUGAACACAUUUUUGAAGUCGUUUGUCCAUCCAUCCCUGGUUAUGGUUUCUCAGAAGCACCCCACAAACAAGGCUUCAAUUCUGUAAGCGCUGCUUCUGUUUUUUAUGAAUUGAUGCUCAGACUGGGAUUCAACGAGUUCUACACACAAGGUGGUGACUGGGGCUGGCUGAUCUGCACCAAUCUAGCCCAGAUAGCUCCCAACCAUGUGAAAGGUCUCCAUUUAAAUCUAGCCACAGUUACAAACGUGGGGUUCACUCACCUGCUCUCCAUCCUGCUGGGCCGCUACCUGCCAGGGCUCUUCGGGUUUCAGGAGGAAGAUGUCAGGCGGAUGUUUCCCUUCUUGGAAAAAGGGCUCUACAGGAUCUUGCUGGAGUCUGGCUACGCUCACAUACAGGCUACAAAGCCUGAUACUGUUGGCUGUGCUUUGAAUGACUCUCCUGUAGGACUGGCAGCAUACAUCCUGGAGAAGUUUUCUACGUGGACUGAUCUGGAAUUCCGUAACUUAGAGGAUGGGGGACUAGACAGGAAGUUUAAUCUGGAUGACCUGCUCACCAAUAUCAUGAUCUACUGGGUGUCAGGCUGUAUAGUCUCCUCAAUGCGUUUCUACAAAGAAAAUUUUCAGAAGGGGGUAGGCACACAGAAACAUGAAAGGCUCACAGUCCAAGUACCUACUGGCAUUGCCUCCUUCCCUAAUGAAGUGAUGCACACCCCCCAGGCUUGGGCGCAGAAGAAAUACACCAACAUCGUGUCCUUCCAUUUCAUGCCCCGAGGUGGCCACUUUGCAGCUUUGGAGGAACCUCAACUUCUUGCUGAAGAUAUUCUGCAAUUUGUUGGGAAAGUAGAGAAAGAGCAACUUUGGAGAAAGAAAGGAGAGUAACUUCCCUACCAGACAGCAGGGUAGAAUCAUAGAGUGUCCUGAGUUGGAAGCGACCUACAAGGAUUGAGUCCAACUCCGGUUGCUUAUAGCUUAGCACACGUACAGGCCUUACGAAGUUGACUGUAAUCCAUGUAAUUUGAUGUUAUUCUUGCCCAGAUGUGAGAGAGGACAGCAAGAAAAACACAGUUUACCUCAGGAGAUACUGCUGCAGGGACCUACACAUUUUGGGUUGGGUUGUCUUUGUUCAGCUAGGCUAAGAAAAGAACACAAAGGUUACUUGGUUAUCUUCUCCCCCAAGCACAGACUUCAGUAAUAUUCCUGACUCUUGCUUUGAAAUUGAAAAAUACACCUUUACAAGUAAUAACAUAAGUAAUAACAGUUUAAUUGUUAUGAAAGGCUUUUUUUUCUUUCAUGGCAGCAGUAAAACUUGAGUUGGUGUAGCUGUGAGGUUCCUCAUGGAAAGAACAGGGAGCAGCCUAGCAAGACUGAACUUGCAUGAGUGCAUGGGCUGCACCGAUGAUCUACAGCACCUUUAAACUAGCCAGCUGGCUACUGCUGGCUGCCCUCUCCCAGCCUGGGCUGGGAAGCAGUGCCCUGGCUGUGAGGAGGCUCAGCACUCCUGGGACAGCAACACGUGAGGAGCAGCUGAAACACACGGGAGCUGCUCUCCUGGAGCUUGGGCCAGGAGAGGCUGGGUAGGAGUAAUUAUAGACCAAGCUCCCCCUGCACUGAAUUUAUACUCGUAGCUAAAAUCAUAGCCUUGGACAGGCUCAAGACAUUGUGGCUUUGCACUGCUUCUGCAAGGUACUGGUAUUACCUCUUACUAAAGAAUAAAAAUUUAAUUAAUUCAACAUCAAAAGAAACUUGCAUUAAAGCUUUGAAUAAUA